GUAGUAAGGAGACUUGGGCCAAAACCGUUUUGUGUUACUGCAACUGAAAAAUAAAUGAUGAGUUGAUUCCGGUUCCAUUUUACAAAAACAACACCAUCAGGGUGAAAAACCUUCCUUAAACUUACUAAUAAAACCAUUGCAUGGAUAAUAUGUACUAUUUUAAAAUGUGUUUCUUUUACUUUAUUAGGAAUUAUGUAUUUUGUAAUAUCUGACCAGAUUUUUGGGGAAAAAAGAAUAAAGGGAAUGCUUGUUUCCAUUUAACCAUUGCUAAUCAGUACUGUCUUCAAGACCACUAGAAGUCUAUAAGCAGAUGUGUUUGAUUUGAGUUGGAGCUAAACUGUGCAGGACACCGGCCCUCCAGAACCGAAUUUGCCCACCUCUGGAUAUGCACACACAACCUCCAAGGGAUAUAUUUCUGCCUCUGGGACUCCUCUGUGACCUCAAAACAGCAGGCUCUAGCUGUGAACUUAUGUCACAAUUAAUAAUCCAUCUUUGCAUUAAAAAAUACAUACUAUUUAAAAAUUGAAUACUAUUAAAUUAGCUUGUUAAUUUACUCAAUCCUGUACAUUAUCUAUAUACAGGUCAACGCGACGCUGGCUGCUGCUGCUGCACUAGAAGCGUGACGCGCUUCGGGGUUGCGGAUGCAAUCGUUACGUUGACCGGAGCUCGGCCAAUCAUCGCCUUUGUUUAUGCGUUCGGCGGGUUUAUUCGACGUCGCGCGUUUGCUAUCUGGACAGCUGCGUUAUUAUUGCGUCGCGUCGCAUGCAGGGUGUUACUGCGCCACCGUUUAUGAGUGGAUUCUGCCGCAUGGCCAGCGCAUGAAAGACCAUCUCUCGCGCUUCCAACUCCUUGCAGAACUGUGAUGGAAACGGCAUUCAAGUUGCUGUAAGCAUAUGUAACCUUUAGUGGCACAAGAGACGCAGAGGCAGUAUUUCACAUCAGCAUGGCUGCGCGCGGGACGUGCGGUGCGCCCCUCUGUUCAGCGCGUCAAUUCACGGAGAAAACGGGGAACAUCUGACUCAGGUUAAACCUAGGGAGGAUGGACAGCCGGACUGAGAAUCCGACAAAGGCGGCAGGAUAUCUGAAGGAGCUGAAUAAGAUCAUAGAGACCCAGCAGACGCUGCUGGAGCGGCAGAAGAGGCGCAUCUUUGAGCUGGAGCAGCAUGUGUCCGACCUGUGCGCCGAGAACAGCCGCCUGAGGCUCGAGUACCAGCGGCAUCUGCUCACCUGCAGACUGCGCUCCAUCCGAGAGAACAGCCCGGAGCAGCAAUCAGAAUAUGGCGGUUCAAGAAUUGUCAGAAGACAUGCCUCACUUCCUGUGGAAAUGACAGACAGUCCCAACAGCCUGAGAUCAGCCGUCUGCAGGAGAACUGUGCCGUGCCGGCAAUGGAAGUCUGCGUCUUUAGGGGAUGAUAAUGUGCUGCAUCAGUUCUGCUGUCCUCCGUCUGGAAGCAGCAGCCCUUCAAGAUAGCAGGAAUAACAUCCCAUCCCAUCCAGCCAAGGAUCUGUCCUCUCUCUCCCUCUUCCACAUGCCUCCGUCCGUCCAUCUCCUGAGGCGUUUCUCUGGGGAAUACACAUCAGCGUGUGCUGCUGCAUCCACACGUACAACAAAUGGAAAUCAGUAGAUCAUUUAUAAGUUCUGGAAGAGCACAAGUGUAGUGCUAGAAUUUAUUAAUGCACUUGAGUGCAACGUGUACCUCUAAAGCAAAGAGCUGAGUGUAUUUUGACGAGUGGAGAAAGAACCGUUUCAUUAAGUACUCAGAGCGAUGCAUGACAUGAAAAGCAAUAUUUAUUUAAAUGUCAGUUACUGUAUCACAGCUGUAUUUGCUUUGCCCUGAUUUCAGUAUCAUACUGUCCUGAAUGUGUAACAAGAUUUAAAUAAAAAAUGUUUGUUUUUGACGC